AUGUUUUCUGUAACCGGUCUUGUAAUUGGCUUCUUAAGACAAAAAUUAUCACAGCCGGGAAUUUUAUUUUGUUUUCUAUGCAUAGCACUAUUAUUUGGACAGACAUUUUGCAACCCAGAAGUUGCGUGGGCAGUAAAUUGCGGUGGUUCUUCUCACACAGAUGUACACGGUAUACGUUACCAAGCUGACACAUUGCAGAUCGGUUUUGCAUCAGAUUAUGGUAAAAGUUUGCUGAUACAGAGAGUGGUACCACAGGAUCAGAUUUUAUAUCAAACCGAAAGGUAUCAUAGAUCGACAUUUGGUUAUGAUAUACCGGUGACAAAAGAUGGAGACUAUGUUUUAGUGUUGAAAUUUAGUGAAGUGUGGUUUACUGCACCAUCUCAAAAGGUAUUUGAUGUGAUAUUAAAUGGAGAACAUACUAUUGUAAAUGAAUUAGAUAUAUUUGCUAAAGUAGGCAGAGGAGUAGCUCAUGAUGAAAUCAUACCUUUUACUAUUAAAAAUGGUAAAUUAAGGGUGAAUGGAGAAACCUCACAGAUAGAUGGUAAAAUAUCAGUAGAAUUUUUAAAAGGUGAUCUAGAUAAUCCAAAAGUUAAUGCUAUUUAUGUUAUAAAAGGAAAUAUAGAUGAUGUACCUAUGUUAGCACCACUUCCAGGUGGAGAGAACUCUCAAGAUGAUAUAGAAGAAGAGGAAGAAGAGGAAAAUGAAAUGCCAAAACCAUCCAAAUCUCGUCGACCAUCUGGACCAAAAGCCAAAGAUCCUUAUGCUGCUGAUGACACCAGCGUUAUGUUACUACCAGUUUUUAUUGCCAUUGGUGCUUUUCUGCCUCUAUUAUUUUGUUUAUGUAAAUUGUAG